AUGCGGUACAUCAUAGCAGCUUUGUCUCUCAUAAGCACUGUUAUCUCCGCCCCCGCCCCUGAGAACCAUGUCAGCGCAUUUUUCGCACCCCGAAAUCUGACGACCAUCAAAAUCAAGGACUCACUCUUCGGCAUCCGCAAUGUCGACUACUGGAUAACAUCUCAAGGCCAAGCUAUCAUUGACGGCUCGAUUGUCUACGGCUCUGAGCAAGAGCUUCUCAGCAAACAAGUCUCAGCUUCGUCCAAAGACACAAGGGCCUUUGAUGUCUUCGCCGGCGCGCAAUCGUGGCCCAACGGCGAGAUCAAAUACAGGUUCGUGGACGGUUCAGCGCAAUCUCAGCUCGAUACGGAAGUGACCGCAACGAUCAAUCGCUGGCUCACCGUCGCGCCCUGGUUGACCUUCACGAAAUUGACGCCGAGUGAUGCCUUCACACCGGGCACUCUGACAAUCACACACAAUGACUGCUCAGGCUGCGUCGCUAGCUUCGGGUACGAUAAGAACUCCGCGCGGACGAUGAACCUGCCAUGGCCAAAUAGUGCGUGCCCCAAUGCCGGCUACUGCGGCGACAACGAGAUCGCGAAGCUAUUCGGGUAUGCGCAACAAACGAGCACCAACGCCCCGACCGCGAAACCUACGUAA